AUGGAAGCUCUCCCCACUAAACAUUCCAGAUGGUGGUUUUUCUCUAAUGAUAAACGAGAGGAGGAUGAAAAGAUAUGUCUGGCGGCACCACAGGCAGACCACAAACUUCAGGUUGAGUUUGUCCUCUUUAGCCGCCAAAAUAGUGGCGGUAAAGACGUCACUUCCAACUCGGAUUCCAUCCGCCAAUCAGGCUUCGACGCUGCGAAAGACACGAAGUUCAUCAUCCACGGAUACACGGAUCUGGGAUCCUCAGUCUGGGUUCAGAGGAUGGUUCAAGAUUUCCUGAAAUAUCAUGACGUCAAUGUCGUGUGCGUCAACUGGCAGAAGGGAGCAGACAGCUUGUACUACGGUCAGUCGGCAGCCAACACAAGGCGGGUGGGCGAGAUAGUCGGGGAUUUCAUCAGACAGCUGAAGGAAGUGAUGGGAGCCCCGUACAACAGCCACCACCUGAUAGGACAUAGUUUGGGCGCUCACAUUUCAGGUUUCGCCGGGGCAAGUCUUAACGGACAAGUGGCCAGAAUUACAGGAAUGGAUCCUGCAGGGCCGUGUUUCCGGUUUGCGGGCCCCGCUGACAGACUAAGUGACGACGACGCCAUUUUUGUUGAUGCCAUUCACACCGAUGGUGACCAUCUUCUGCAAGGCGGUUUUGGAACUGAGUUGCCUAUGGGAGAUGCCGACUUCUACCCAAAUGGCGGAGAAAAACAACCCGGAUGUGACAGCUAUUUUUGGCAGCAUCUUGUUGACUUCUUUAAAGGCUGGUUUUCGGGGUUCAAGAGCAGUUUGUCGUGUAACCAUCUCCGAGUUCAGGAUCUGUUCCGUGAGUCCAUCAACCCGGCCAACUCCUUCAAGGCUUACCCCUGCGGACAUCAGGACGAGUAUGACAAGUGUACCAGCUGUGGUUCCCGGGGGUGCUCCCGCAUGGGGUACUACGCCUCUCCCUACCGCCAUGGCAUCUACACCAUGCGUACCCGCAAGGCGUCGCCCUUCAGCUUUGAUUAUUAG